CACCUGUCGGGCACGUUCUGUGGGUAGAUGUUUUUUGACCUAUUUUUUCAUUCAUUUAUAUCAAUCGUAUCUGGCUACCGAUCAAUUGGAAGACUCGAGUACGUUAUGAAACAUUUCAAGCCCUAUAAAUAAACCAGCAUGCCAUAGAGAGGCUUCCUCACCCACUUCCCACGCUCCAUUACGAGUCCUUCCGAUCUCUAUAAUAUGAUGAUGACGAAGAUGACGUAUUCCAUGCGCCUGUUUGCAACUGCAUUCCUCCUGCUGAUGCUCUUCAUGUCCACAGAGAUGGAUCCAGUGAGGGUGGCAGAGGCAAGGACCUGCGAGUCCCUGAGCCACCGGUUCAAGGGAACGUGUGUAAGAGGGAGCAACUGUGCAGCUGUGUGCCAGACCGAAGGCUUUCCAGGGGGGCAGUGCAGUGGCCUCAGAAGACGCUGUUUCUGCAGCAAACCUUGUUAGAUCAUCUUCUUCACUCGACUCCCCUGAUCGCCUGAGGUUGUUCCACUCCGCUCUAGUAGUAGUACUACUAUUGUAAUCCUCUAAUGUCAGCCCCGAAAUAAAUUGCUAGUCCCUUUCAAACACGGAGCUACUUUGUUCAGGUGUUUGCUGCUUGACAGUUUCUAGGCUAUUUCGUUUUUCUCUUCUCUAUUAUGAAUGAAUUUAUCAUUGUGCGCUGCA